AUGGCAAAAAUUGCCAUUUCGGUUGAUCCCCAGUACAAAAUUGCCACUGGCAACAAUUUCCUUCAGUUCCAGGACCAGCUGAAUGGAUUGCCGGCUGCAUUUUUCUCACAAUAUAAAUUUACACCUUGGAAGGAAGGUUUCAUCGCAGUCCGAGACAUCACUGGUUGCUUUACUUUGAGCCAAGGCACCUAUGUAAUUAUUCCAGUUACGUCAAAAGAAGGCCAGGAGUCUGAAUUCCUCCUACGAAUCUUCCUGCGGAGUCAAGAUUACAGCAAAGACCCGAACACCAGGCUCAGCCUCAUAUCGCCAAAGGAUGUAGCCAAACAGAACCAAGACAACAACUAUGAAAACAUCUUUCUAAGAUAUGCUAAGCAGGGUUCAGAUAUCAAUGCCUCACAGCUGCAAAGAAUUCUAAAUGAAGUGCUCCUGAAAGAUCAAACAGCCGGCCCAGAAGGACGAUUCAGCUUCGAUUCAUGCAGAGGCAUUUUAGCUCUGAUGGAUCUCAGUUCGAAUGGAAGACUCACCCUGCAAGAGUUCAAGAACCUUUGGAAAUGUCUUGCUAAGUAUAAGGACUUCUUCAAGAGAGAAGCUCGAAGCCUUUUGGGACUCCUUGAUGCUUCAGACUUGAGGAAUGCAGUGCAGGCAGUAGACAUCACUGCUACUGAGCAGCUCCUCCACCUCAUGGCUCUGAGAUAUGGCAACUCCUCCCGGAAAAUCAACUUCCCUGAUUUUGUGUGUUGCAUGAUCCGGCUUGAAACAAUGGCAAAGGUAUUUUAUAACUUAACUGAGGAUGGAAGAAUUUAUUUCAAUGAAACACAGUGGCUGAUUUUUAUCAUGUACUGCUAAAGCAGUGGCACACUACAGAACUGUUGGCAGCUUUGGUAUUUAUUGAUGCAUGAAAGGUGCUUGGGUUGCAUCACAAAAAGGAUGAAGAUAGCUCUCCACAAGCUAAGCAGUGUUGAUGGAUGAACUAGACUUUCUUGGAAUAAAUAGCAUAUGGUUGGUAGUAUUCUGCUUUCUGAACAAGGGAUUUUCCUUCAGACUAGCCUGACUUGAUGUAGAAGCAGUAGGAAGCCAUUAAUAAAAAAACAGAUGUCCAUGGAAGAAGACAGUAAAACCUGAGGAAGAAGAAAUUUGCUCCCAUUUCAUCCAUAAUUAGGAACAGUGAGAUUGUUAUCUACAAACUGUUUAGAUCUUCUUAUGACUACAACACACAGUUCUCCUCAUAAAUUGGUGUCGAUCAGAAGUAACUCUAUUUAUGCCAGCAUAAAUCCAAUGUAAGCAAGACAAGACCCUGCAUUUUUAAAGAUUAUUUUUAAUGUAAUAAAAAUAAACAAAAUAUAGUUUUA